AUGGGAAAUUUUGAAUAUGGUAGCGACAGCCCGGAGAAAUUGGUAGACAAGCAGCAUAAAAGUCGACAGCGGUGGUAUUCCGUAUCAUCUUCCAACGCCAUGGCAGUUCUUCUCAUCCUUCUUGCACUCUUCGCCCCAGCACAGGCUUGUGCUCCAGCCACAACAGUUGCUCCCGGCGGCGGCAGCAGCAACGAGACCAUUCCAAGACAGAAGCGGGAGGUCGAACAAGUUUUGGUGACGGUGAGCACCAAAAUGAAAUACGAUCCGAAGAUGAACGGCUCACAUCUGAAUGUGCUGAAAACAAUGAUCGAUGACUUUGCUCAAAUGAAUCGAGUGGACUACAAGAAGAGUUUAGUCAAAGAGAGCGUGAAGAACAAUAACGGAAAGUUCGCCGCCGUUUACACAGUGCAGGGCUCUGGCUGUGAGGAGGUGCACAACUUCGCACGUGGAGCGAGGGGCAACGUAAACUUCAUCAGGAAAAUGGAAAUCAAAUGCGGAAGAAGGCCUGCAUAUGUGAUCAAUUGA